ACCACAGAGGAGCAAAGUCCUAUAAAAAGGGAGAAGCUCGCGCUACAUUUUGUCCAUCUCCCAGCAGGCACAAUCUCAUCCUUCUCCAGCUAGGUGGAAGAAACUACAAUGGCUCCUGGGACAACUUCAUCCAUGUUCCCAUCACUGCUGCUGCUGCUCUGUCUGAUGGCUAUAGUGAGGACAGGAAUAGCAUUCCCACAAAAUCCAGGAUGCCCAACUACCGAGGACAAGAAUUUUCCUCAGCAUGUGAAGGUCAACGUGAAUAUUCUUAACGGGAAUAAAAGUUCCAGAAGGCCCUUGGAUUACUACCGCCGAUCCACUUCACCAUGGAGCCUGCACCGGAAUGAGGACCCUGAGAGAUACCCUUCUGUGAUCUGGGAGGCCAAGUGCCUCCACUGGGGCUGUGUCAAUACUGAAGGGAAGGAAGACCACCACAUGAACUCCGUCCCCAUCCAGCAGGAGAUCUUGGUUCUGCGAAGGGAGUCUCGGCACUGUCCCCACUCCUUCCGGCUGGAGAAGAUGCUGGUGACUGUGGGCUGCACCUGUGUCACCCCCAUUGUUCGCCACGUGGUAUAAGAGUUUCCUGUCUAGCCCCAGCUCCCAGACUAGUUAGGCUUUCUGGGGAGUAGACCCAGCCCCAUU